AUGCUAACUGAUUUUUCAGAAGACCACAACUUACGGCAACAGUCAGACGACUCUCGCCAGCAUCAGACCUUGUCAAGCAUCAUUGAAAGCUUCAUUUCUGAUACUUCUGUCGACUCCGAAGGCCACCAGCAUCUGGGAAGGGAGCUCUUCAACAGGGCGCUCCGUACCAUCAACGCAGACGAAGGAUCCGAGGUUCUUCAGGAGAUCAUCGCCUCCUUGGAACGAGUCGGUGACAAAUUCCGCCCCGAUGCUGGCGUAUCCCAGGAGUUCCUAGACUCUCUAGAAAGAGUCGAUAUUUCGUCACUUCCUGAAAAUGCAGAUUGUCCUAUCUGCACCAACCGUUUUGCUGAUGCAAAGUACCCCUUAAUUGUGAAACUCCCAUGCCAUGUAAAGGGCGCGUCCAAACGUGAACAUAUCUUUGAUAUGGAUUGCAUUGCUCCAUGGCUCAAAAUGCAUUCGUCGUGUCCCUUGUGUCGUUUCGAUGUCAGAGACGCUGAUAGUGUGAGACGAGAGCGAUUGGCUCGAGAAUUAGCGAGAGCCAAGGAGGAGGAUGACGAAGAAGAGGAGGACGACGGCGAUUGGGAUAUGUACGGAUAG